GAGAGACGCACUCAAGUGUAUUCGGGUUUCCAGGCAGAGAAGCCGCAAGACCUAUUUUAAAUGUGUUUCUGUUUAUAUUAGUCAUUGCAGUAUAAUUAGCUUGUUGGAAUAGUGUUUUACUUGAUUUUAUAGCCCUUUCUAAAUCUCUAAUUAGUCCAGAUUUUUAUAUUUUAUCCGUUGCUGCAGUCAAUUUCUCCAUCAGCGUCUAUAUGCAAUACCCUUAACUCGUUAUAUAAGGUUUUAAAUUGUUUAAUUUUAACAUUGUCGUGUCAUUUGGACGGUAACCAUCAUUCACUUUUGAAAUCAAACCGUUAAGUGGAUCGAGAGUCAGUCAAAGCUGGUGUUCAUGCCCGAUCUGCAGCGCUUCAGUUUCCCGUACCAUAGCAUGAAUUUUCCUCUCCAUCAUCAUCACCAUCACCAUCACCAUCAUCAUUAUCAGCAGCAGUACCAGCAGCAGCAGAAUCCAGAAGGACCCGGCCAUCCCGAUUCCCCCUCCGGCUUGCUCCCCGAGGCUGCCGUCCUCGGAGCUUCUGACCCAUCCGCCUUUUUCCUUGGAGAACAGUCCGGACUCGGACUGGGCCCAGCUGGCGUCCCCCAGACCGCACCUGACCUUCCAACAUCCUCCCAGACUGGGCUGCCUUACCUGCAUUUCAGUCCAUCCCUCCACUGGUCCCAACCUGCACCUCCUACAGCUAUGGCAUUGAGAAACGACCUGGGCUCCAACAUCAGUGUCCUGAAGACCCUCAAUCUGCGGUUCCGAUGCUUUCUGGCCAAAGUGCAUGAACUGGAGAGACGCAAUAAGAUAUUGGAGUUACAGCUGCAGCAGGCCUUAGGCAGCAAUAAUGCGGGUGGAUGCGUGGAGGAUGGAAAGACCAAAGACACUGGGGUCCAGACUGGGUUUAUUGGGCCUAUUCCCGUCCGGCCUGGGUUUCUGCCCUUCCAAAACACCAACAACUCUGCCAAACGACCCACUAGUUUGUUUAUGCCUCCCCUCACAACCGUACUCAAAUUUGAGCAAAGUAAAGCUGAUGAUGAGACCACAACAAACCCAAUCUCCAACAGAAACCCAACCAUUACGGUUAGUCUCUCUACACCCACCACCGAACCCGCUUCGGCCAACACAAACAACUCCAAUAAUACUCCUCAUGUAAGCAGUGUUGGCACCGGGACAUCUCCAAACCCUCCUCCGCGGUUCCUCCCGGGCACUAUCUGGUCCUACAACCAUACCCGUAAACUGGGAAGCGGGUCAGAGACUCGGGUCACCAGUCCAGGAGUUUCAUGGGUCCACCCGGAUGGAGUGGGCGUCCAGAUAGAUACCAUCACCCCAGAGAUCAGAGCACUAUAUAAUGUCCUGGCUAAAAUCAAAAGGGAGAGGGACGAGUACAAGCGAAGAUGGGAAGAGGAAUACACCAUCAGAAUGGACAUGGAACAGAGAGUCAAUGACCUACAGGAGGACCUCCAGGAGAGCGAGGUUUGUCAGGACGAGUUGGCCCUCAAAGUACAACAGCUGAAAGCUGAACUUGUGCUCUUUAAAGGACUCAUGAGCAAUAUGACUCAAAAAUACCCACACAAAUCUGUACACAUACAGAACCUGUCAGAGUUGGACAGUAAGAUCCAGGAGAAAGCAAUGAAGGUGGACAUGGACAUCUGCAGACGCAUUGAUAUCACAGCUCGCCUGUGUGACGUCGCCCAACAAAGAAACUGUGAAGAUCCAAUCAAGAUCUUUAAGGUUCCCAGCCCUCAGAAUGCCAUCACCUCUCGUGCCCGUAAACAAGUAUCACAGCCUGUCAAUGGCAGUGAGACAGAUGAGCCAGUCAGCACCUCUGAGAGUGAUGGAGGUGGUGCAAGAGAGGAUGACGUGUGCACCCCUUCAACCCUGCAGAUCAAUGAAGAGAUGCAGAGGAUGUUAACCCAACUGCGUGAGUGCGAGUUUGAGGAUGACUGUGAUUCUUUGGCUUGGGAAGAGACAGAGGAGACACUGCUGCUGUGGGAGGAUUUCCCAGGAUGCACCUUAACAGCCGACCCCAGUCAGGGCGAGGAAGAGUGUUUGGAGAAGGUGAUUAAGGACACUGAAUGUCUGUUUAAUUCCAGGGAGAAAGAAUAUCAGGAGACUAUAGACCAGAUAGAGUUGGAGUUGGCCACAGCAAAGUCGGACAUGAACCGACACCUGCACGAGUACAUGGAGAUGUGCAGUAUGAAGAGAGGACUGGACGUGCAGAUGGAGACCUGCAGGAGACUCAUCACCCAGAGUGGAAACAAUAAAUCCAAUUCUCCCAUACCUGGUGGAGGUACAGAUGUAAACGGAGACACCGAACGGGAUAAAUCUGAGGAGGGAGGGAGAUAAUGAUGUUGAAACUGAUCUGAAGAAGUUGUUGGCAUGAAGACAAGAAUCCAACCAUCCUGAUUCAUGGCACCCAUCAUCAAAAGUUAAACAACAAGAGCCCAUCUUUUGUUUUUGGAGUGAAUCCAGUCACCGCCUCUAGUGGUGAUAUUAAGAAUUACAUCACAUGUGCUCAAUGCCCAGAGGAGAACAUGUACUCUUUGUGACAUUUUCCCUUGCAGUUGUGCAGAGGAGCUAUUCUGUUUUCACUCCUACACCAUCUCAUCUUAAAGACCGUUAACCAAGUCCUCACAAGAGUCUAUGCUUUUAUCUAAUUUCAGGUAUCAAUCAUGUUUUCCGAUCUUGUCCUCCAAAUGUCUGAGUCAUCAUAUUUUCAUCAGUGAAUAGUCUUUUUUUGAUUUCGUAUGUCUGGCAGAGAUUAAUUGAAAAUUUUUUCAUAAAGUUUCCAUUUCCAAGAGACUUUUAGCAGCGAGGGGACAUUCGCUCACUUAUUGUUGCUGCAUGUACCAUUACGUACUGCUGUAAGCCGUGGGUCGGUCGGUGUGUUAUGCUUCCUGUCUGAGCUCUUGUAAAUACUGGGCUGUUCAUGCUAGUGAAGGGUGGAAGUAACUGUAGCCUGCACGUCCCCCGUUUCUGUGCUGUCUUCCUGCAGCUCAAACCCCAGAUUCACAUGAAAUAUAUGACAUUUCAUGCAAACAGUAUUGUGCUGAUGACAGGCUGCUUUGGAGUCUCAGUUGUAUGUGCUCUUAGUCUUUUUUCUUCCUCUCUUGCUGGUGGAAAACAUGAGUGAUGAUGGUUGAGGACUUAGGUUUGAGCAUGUUAUGGCUAGAAAGUACGUGUAAGAGCAUUAAGCAUGUCAACCACAGCAUUAUUUCCUUCUCACUUUUCCCCUUUUUUUUCCAAGUUAAAUGGUAUUGAGCAUUUGUAAAAGCAUUUAUUUCUGCUGUGGAGAGAAAUUUUGAAAGUAGUUCUCUUAAGGAUUGGGUAAAUAUUUCAAUAGUUUUAAUAAAUCAAUGUUUCAAAGUAUUGCAAUAUUUUACCAUAAAAUACUGUAUUGAUAUUUUUAGUUACAAUUUUCACAUUAAGUACUGAAGCAUUAGGUCAGCAAACGCACACUCAGUUAUUUUUAAUCAGCCAAAAUCCAAACUAAGAUUGUGCUAAGAAUAAUUGCGCAAAGCACAGAAGUCCAGUGCAGAUGAAAGAUAAACAAGUGAGUAAAAAAUAGCAAAAUAUCACAGUUUCAAAUAAAUGUACACUAAACUUAAAGAUUCAAUAUUAUUGUAUUGGGACCCAGAUAUCAGUAAAAUAUUGUAUUGCUAGGUCCUUGCUGAUUCAUUUGAAAGUCAUAUAAAAAUGCUGUAUAUGUAAUGCUAGGUGUGAGACCCCCUUCAGUUCGUAUUCAAUCCGUAUUUCACCUUUCCAUGCAUCUGUAAUUCACUUAUUACUUUUCUUUACACUUGAGACCUUGCUGGUGGAUAUGAUGGCUCGUAUUGAUGUAAAGAUAAAUCUAUUUGUCUGACCUGUAGUUUAAAUUGGGAACAGCUCUGUUGUCUUGAUUGACUGUAGUGCUGUGUUCUGUUACGAACUGCAGAGCAUGAAAUGGGUGGGCAAAUAUGAUCAAUAUGAUUAUUAUGAUUGGUAAUACAGAAAGGAAAGUGAUCUAUUGAAUCAGGUAAUCAAGAGUAAAAUCCUUUAGAGUGAGAUCCUGAGGAGUGAUGUUCAUGACAGUGGUCUACUCAGGGCAGUUCCUUGACGAAGACAUCCCUGUAGCCACUUUUUAACUGUACAUGAAAGCAUCCUUGUCUUUCCAUUCUUACCUCAGUUCGGAGGAUUCUGUUAUAGGAUUUAUCGAAUGUGUUAUCGAACCACAAUAUGUUUCAUUAUACUUACUUAUAUUAGUUUAGUAACAUUAUACUAUCAUAUCAAUAUUUUAGAUCCCCUAACCGAACCGCAUUCCUAAUUCUAACCACUUAUCAGCAAAAUAAAACAUUUAACAGGCAGGUAAAUGUAAUAAAAAAUCAUUUUAUUUACAUUAAACUAUAAUAUAGAUAUUUAUGAACAACUUACACGUUUUGGUGGUCAGGCAAAAAGCUGCUAUCAGGACAUAUCGUUAGAGAAUGAUCUCCUCGAGAGUGAGAUCUUGAUUGGGAACUUUGAAGAAUGAUCUUCCUUGGAUUAGAUCUGCUGGAGACUGAUCAUUUUGAGAGCGAGAUCCUGAUGGGUUAGAUCUACUGAAGAAAGAUGAUUUUUUGUAAAGACCCAUGAAAUACAAUGAUCUUCCCUGUGUUGACAUAUUUUCUAUUGAAACCUAAAUUUUGGCUGGGACAUAUUGAAGAGCUUGUCAAAUGACAAGCAAUAUGUCCCAGCCAAAAUUUUGUGUUGUCAAAAGUACCGGUACUUUGGUACCAAGUCGGUGCUAAAAUAAAAAAGAUGUAACAAUACCAAUAUUUAUACAGUACAGAGCACCGACUCAAUCCGGUACCCGCACGCUGUCUGACUGACACAAGACUGUUUUAAAAUGCUCACCCGCUUAUUUGAGCAUGUGCUGUGUUAUUCCUUUUACACUGAAAUGCACAAUCAAAACAAAAUCGUGAUAUAUCCAAGUGUGAUUAUUAAACCACAAAAGGCUACAAUCUUGGUCUGCAUGAGCUGCAUGUUUUAAAUGAAUGUGUGAAGCAGACCGCUCCAGACAUUGAGAAUCAUUUGCUUUGUAUGAGAUGACAAAACAGAGCAUUAAUCCACUGUGAAGCGUGCAGCACAUGAAGACUAUACAGUAUGCUUAUAUACUUAAAUCACAGCAUUUGCGCUUUAACGAUCACACUGGGCCAUGUAACAAACUGUUUAUCCAUCAGAAGAAGUGAAACGUCUUUCAAAACCACAUAUCAAAAUAGAAGCAUGAUUCAAAAUAAAAGCUAGACGCCUGGAAUUAAAGAAAUAGCAACAGAAUUAUAUUACAACUGUAUAGUAAAAUAUUAUAUUCACUGAAGUAAUAAUAAUAAUCAUCAAUAAUGAUUAAUAAAUAAUUAUUAUAAGCAAUAUAUCACAAGCAAGAGUUCUGUUUUACUGAAAAAAGUUGGUUAAAAUGCAAUGGUAUGUUGAAAAGUAAUUGUUCUAUCAAUUACUUGUUAAACGUUUUUAAAAGUUUUAAGAAUUAAUUUGAUUAGGCACCAUUUUGAUGAUUAAAUUCAAUUAAACUUUAAAACAUGGAAUUCUGGAAAAAUAAUUAAAAAAAAAUGAAAAAAGGAUUUGGGAAAAAAUAAAAAGGGCCCUACUUAAAAAAAAAAAAAAAAAAAAAAAAAGAAAAGAAAAAAAAACUUGAGCAAUGCAAACUUAAUUUAGAAACACUUGAAGGAAACAUUUAUUUCUUUUAAUUUAUUAUCUACAUUGAAAUGUAACUUAAAAUAGGUUAAAAGAGUGUGUUCAAUUGCACAUUACUAUAUUGGUAUCGAAACUGGUAUCGAGAACUGUGAAAUUUCUCUGGUAUUGGUACCGACUACUGAAAUUUUAGUAUCGUGACAACACUGUAUAUCUACUGUAUAUAAAGCCUGGCCCAGCAGAAAGCAAGAUUUGCUCUUUGUUAUUAGGAGAAAAGGACAUUCUUAUUCUAGAGAGCAUUUUAUUGGACAAAAUAUAUGCCCCUUUGUACAAAAUUGAUCAAUAUUUUGUUCCAUUUUCAUAUAUACUUGUCUGCUAAAAGUUUAUCUGGAAUAAAAGCCACUGGGGUCUUUAGAGCAAGAUCCAGAUGGGUUGCACCUACUGAAGAAUGAUCUCCUGUAGAGUGAGAUCCUGAUUGGUUAGAUCUACUGGAGAGUGAUUUCUCUAGAGCAUUAUAUCCUGCAAAUUAAUAUGUUCAAAUUAAUCUAAUAAUCUUUCUAGCAACUGUUUUCAACAACAUCACAAGAUUUGUAAUAAUCAGCUUCACUCUGCCUUUUGGGAGGGUGCUGUCUAAUUCUAAUUAAACACCCACUCAAUCUAAUAUUUUUAAAAGAAACUGACAAACUGACAUCCUGUUGGCAUUGAUGGUCAUUCAUCUGUAGUCAAAUAGAGAAUUUGAGUGUGAGCCACAGGCUGAUUUCAGGAGUAGAGACAAAAACUCUUUAAAUAAGUCUGAGUAAGAAUUUUUCGAGUGGCAACUGUGAAAUAAACUUUCAGGAAAGAUACUUCACACAGUGAAAAUGAAAACCUCAUGCUUUUAAAGACGUGGUGCUGCACAUCCAGCUUGUAAAUUUCCGCUGUAGAAAGACAAAACACAGAGUGAAAGCUUUAAUAUAUGUUUGUAUUUACAGUACAUAUCAUAGUACAUAUCACUUUGUAUGAUUUUUCUAUGACAACUGGUGAUUACUGUAUAAAGAGGUUCUUUGGAAGUACCCAUAUGAAGACAUCCUUGUGAUUUUAGUGUGUACAAAUCUUAGUUUAAUAGAGAAAAACAGUAAUUCUAACAGUUAGUCAAGAAAAUGAAUGAACGAGAGAAUUCUCAGGUGACCUAUCAGUUAUUAAUGUUGAAAUUAGUAAUUGAGGAAGAGGGUUUGUUUAUUUGUGAACUGAAUAUUGCCAGAUUUUUCCUAAGAACCUUCCAAUAAUAAAGCACUAUAAACAACUGAGCCAUUGUCCAUCCACAGAAAAUCUUCGUUUUUUUAUUGUUUUGGAACACUCCGCUAAACUGUGUGUGUAAGACUAUGUAUGCAUGUGUAUAUGUAUGAAGUGUGCGCUCCAGGUUUCUGCGAUGAGUAAGUGGUAUUUUUCUACAGCAAAUUUACUUGAUGUUUGUUGCUAAAUGACCUUAAGGCAAAUGUCUUUUACGAGAAUUCUGUUAACAAUUCAAUUUGCGGCAUAACCACAAAUCUGGUCUUGUAUAAAAAUGACAAUACUACGCAGUCAGGAAAAAUGACUCAUUGGAACUGACUGAAUUCUCCAUGUUUCUUUGUCUUAAAGGGCUUUUGGAUACCUCAGAUUUGCAUUGGCUACAAACAAUGAGUAAAUUCAACACAAUAUCUCUUCACUGAAAUAAUAACUGAAAAAAAAAAAAAGAAAGAAAGUGCUUAGAAAGAAUGCUUAUUUGCAAUAACAGUAUGAAUGUUAUAAUACUGUAAUACAGAGGAGAGCGCAUAGGGAGCGUGGUGUGUGCUAAAACGCUGGCUAUGCAAGCAAGUCCUGUACCCUGACAAGAAAAUAACUCCAUUUGAAAUUAUCACUUGAGACUCAAAAGGUCUUUGUGGCAUUCCGGAAGAACUCUGAAUGAUCAUUCUUAGCAUCUCCGUGUCAUUCUGUAACAUCUCACAGGAAUGAAUCUGAACUUGUUCCUACUUUGGAAUUGUGUGGAAAAAUGUUUUAUAUUUUAGGUAGUAAAAUACCUCCAAGGGUUGUCUUUGAAUUUGCACAUGUGCCUCUAUGGUUGUGGGUCGCAACAAAAUGGUCCAAUAAAAUUGAGUCUAGAUCUAUGAAAUGUAAAAACAGUCCUAGGAUCCAAGUGGGCAUUUUCUGAAGUGUUCAAAGAAACAAAAAGGACUCAGACUGUGGCAAUGGCACAUGUGUAGCUUUAUUUAAAUAGUUCCCUUGAAAGGGUAACAGGACUUAUGUGUAUAUAUAAAUAUGUAUGUAACCCAAAGCUGAACAGGUAUUGCUCGCUCAAUUGCAAGUGUACAGAAAGACUGGAGCUUUAAAAGAUUUCAAAAUAAAGGUUACUGCUGAACAAA